AAGACUGGCUCAGGACAAGACUGACCUUCUCUCCAUGGUAAGCAUCAAGGACAUAUACAUGUUUAAUUGCACCUCCUUCCAUAGCCACUGCAAAAACCAAGCCUUGUUGAUCAUAAGCAACAGUAGGUCUACCUCUCAGAUUAUCGAAGGCACCUAUUAUCAAACAUUGACAGAUACCUCAAAGAUUCUGCCAAGUAAAACGAUAGGGGAAAAAAUCAGAACCAGCUUCUCAAGUAAUUUGCAGACUGUCAAAAUACUAAAGUAUGCUACCUUCAUUAGAGUCCGAGUUUUUCGAAGAGCAAAUUAUGGAACUUGGGUGGUGAGUGAAACAUAUCCUGUCGGCCCCAUCCGCACUGAAUCAUCAUCGCUUGAUGUCACCAACAAAUCCGCUGUCCGGGUUCAAAAGAAACUGACGAAAUCUGAGAAAACAGCACCGACGGCCAUGCUACGAAGUAUGUCGUCAUUGAGCUCCGAUAGUGACGUCAUCCCAACGGCGCCUAAUUCUCGGGACAGGAAUGCAAAAAUUGGCAAAGUGAAUAGGGUUUUAUUGUGGGCUUUUAUGCGGGGAUACGAUGAGAAUAAUGCUGUGCCUACUACCAAAAUAAUUAUACAUGGCCGGAUCCAGGAUCGAGGAUCCAUUUCAGGCCAGGGGUUGGCUGGCCCGAAUAUAUGCACGGGACAGUUCGGUAAACCGACGGUUCUAGGAACAGUGAGGAAAACAUUUUGUAUUGCAAGUAUGUUUAGCAGUGAGGCCCUGGUCCUAACUAACCUCCUAAACAUCCUCUCGAGCUCUCCCUCCAUCUCCUCCACCACAGCCUUCACCUCCUCCAGCCUCUUCCCCGCCGCUCUAACCUCUGCCACCUCACACUUCUCCCACAGCCUCAGGCUAUCCACCCUUGUCAGGCUCAGCCUGAAAAUCGAAUCCUUCCUCACCGAACCCCCUUCUCCAGCAGCGCAAUCAAGCUCAUCAGUGACUGGACCUCCGCUAGUACCUCCACCGCCGCCACCAGGCUCCCGCCUUCCUCCGACGGCGGCUUGGCCAUGUCAGGCAUCUUUGGCACAC